GACGAGCCGCGGUGCCUGCGAAUCUCCGGCUGGGCAUCACAUGGGGGAGCCCUUGGGGUGCCAACCUCACCCCCGAAAUGAUGGACCCACGGGUGCCAGGGGAUGCCGGCAUGCCGGUGCCAGCCUGCCUGCAGCUCCCUGCUCUGAUCCCGCUGUCAGAACCCAGCCGUGCCAUGGAGGACCCGGCCGAUGCCAGGGCCGAGCCGUGGGGCGAGGGGCUGCACAACAGCAACAACAAUGCUUCCCCGGGGGGGUGGCCAGGUGCCCGCAGUGGGCAGGCCCUGGCACCUUUUGGCGGCCCCACAACUGAGGCCAGUUACCUGGGCCGGGUAGUGCUGGAGAUCGUGGAGUCGGAGCGCACCUACGCCCGGGAUCUGCGCAGCAUCGUGGAGGGUUACCUGGGCAAGAUCAUCGAUGCAGAGGAGCCAGUGCUGCGGCCGGAGCAGGUCAGCGCCCUCUUUGGCAACAUCGAGGACAUCUACGAGCUCAGCAGCACUCUGCUGCAGAACCUGGAGAGCUGUGCCAAUGAUCCCGUGGCUGUGGCUGUCUGCUUUGUCACUCGGAGCCAGGAGUUUGCCAUCUACACCCAGUAUUGCAACAACUACCCCAGCUCGGUGGCAGCGCUGGCAGAGUGCAUGAGGAGCAAAGUGCAGGCACGGUUCCUGCGUGAGUGCCAGGAGCGGCUGCGCCAUGCGUUGCCCCUUGGUGCCUACCUGCUGAAGCCUGUCCAGAGGAUCCUCAAGUACCAUCUGCUGCUCCAGGAGAUCGCCAAGCACUUUGAGCACAAGUCAGGGGAGGACUACGAGGUGGUGCUGGAGGCCAUCGACACCAUGACCUGCGUCGCCUGGUACAUCAACGACAUGAAGCGCAAGCACGAGCAUGCCAUCCGCCAGCAGGAGAUCCAGUCCUUGCUGCUGGGCUGGAAGGGUCCGGAUUUGACCAGUUAUGGGGAGCUGGUACUGGAGGGCACGUUCAGGGUGCAGCGGGUACGGCACGAGCGCGCCGUCUUCCUCUUCGACAAGACCCUGCUCAUCACCAAGCGCCGGGGGGACCACUACGUCUACAAGAGCCACAUCCCAUGCUCCUCACUGAUGCUGAUCGAGAGCACACGAGACUCCCUCUGCUUCAGCCUGGCACACUACAAGCAUGGCAAACAGCAGCACAACCUGCAGGCCAAGAGCGUGGAGGAGAAGCGCAUCUGGACCCACCACAUCAAGAGGCUCAUCCUGGAGAACCACCAUGCCAUCAUUCCCCAGAAGGCUAAAGAAGCCAUCCUGGAGAUGGACCUGUUCUACCCCCCACGCCUGCCCCGCUGCAGCCCUGAGCGCCUGAAGAAGAGCUGGUCCUGCCAGCCCCUUGGUGACGCCGUGCCCGAGCCGCGCCAGGGCCGCCGGCAGUCUGAGCCCUUCCAGUGCCGUGACCGUGCGGAGACGCUGCCAGACCGGCUGCACGGGCACACGGGGCGCAGGCAGUCGGAGCCCAGCAAGCAGAUCCUGCGGCAACUGGGUGAGCAAGGGCUCAAGCAUGCGGACAGUGAUGGGGCUCUACUGGAGGUGGGGGACAACCCCCAGCACCCCCCAACCUGGGCAGUGGCUGAAGGUGUGAUGGAGGAGGAAGAGGAGGAAGAGGAAGAAGCUUUAGGCAAGAACUGCCAGGAGGAGCUGCCUGGAGUCAGAGACCUAUUGGUGGAACCCCAGGAGGAGCAGGCUGGGGGACACCUGCUGGCAUUGGAGGGACCCAAGCGGCCAAGCAGCUGGGGGCCAGGGAGCUGUGAGAAGGUCAGUGCAGCCCCACAGCCCCCACCCGGGGGUCCCCAGGGACCUAGUGCCCACUCACCCACCCCUCACCAGGCUGGUAGCGCCAGGGAGCACUCUGAGGGGUUUGGGGCACCUGAACCCCCACCCUCAGUGGACACUCUCGUGCUGCCCGCGGAGCCGGAGCGUGCCGCGGAGGGGCUGAGCAGUGAGGAAGAGGAGGAGGAGGAAGAAGAGGAGGAAGAAGAAGAAGGAGCUGCUGGCAGCAUCUUACCACCUUCGGUGCUGGACCAAGCCAGCGUCAUCGCCGAGCGGUUCGGUGGCGGCAGCACCUUGUCCCGCCGCAGCAGCCUGGCGCUGGCCAGCCGCAGUGGUAGCGCUCUCAGCUUGGAUGGAAUGUGCCCCAUGGAAAGUGGGGAGCCCGGGGGGUCCCGCAGCACCAUCCCUUCUCCCGAACCCCUCACCGGAGCUCGCCGGGAAUCGACGCUCUCCAGCAGGGACCGCUUGCUCCUGGAGAAGAUCAGGAGCUACUACGGGCACGCCGAGCACCGCGAUGCCAGCUUCAGCGUGCGCCGCCGCGAGAGCCUCUCCUUCAUCCCCAAGGGGCUGGUGCGGAGCUCUGUCACCCGCCUCAACGCCCUCCCGCGACCCCCAGCCGCCCCCAGCCACCCCCCCAGCCGCCCGGCACCGCUGGCAUCGCCGGAGCCGUCGCCGGAUGAGCCGUGCCAGGAGAACGGGCUGCAGCCUGCCGAGCCGCUGCUCAUCGUGGAAGAGGACGAUGAUGUGGCCGCCAAGCCGCCAACGGGGACGCCAGCUGGGACACCAACUGGGCCGCCACCACGGUUCGUCCUGACACCCCCCCACCCCCACCCUGGCACCAAGGUGUACCAGCUGGCACGGCAGUACAGCCUCCGCAUCAAGAGCCGCCGCGCCGGUGGGCACCGGCGCCCCCCGCUGCAACUUGAGGACGGGGACCCACACGUCGGCAGCCCUUCGGCGGCUGUGCCACACGACGCGGGGCUGCUGGCCACCCCCUCCCCGCUCGCCCCCCGCAGCCCUUCCAGCCCGGUGGGCGCCGAGCCUUUCGCCUGGCCAGACGUGCGGGAGCUGCGUGCCCGUUUCGGUGCCCCGCGGCCACCACCCGUGAGCCGCAGCCGGUCGGCACCCGAAGGGCCCUGCCGCGGUGGGCGGCCGGCCGAGAAGGAACGAGGCGGCGGCCGGAGCCGGAGCGCUGAAGCCGGCGGAGGUGCCAGUGCCAGCGCCAGCCCCGACGCGGCACCGGCGCGGCACGGCAGCGACGGGGCGCUGUGGGUGGCCGCGGAGGCUCCGCUGGGCGCGGGGCAGAGGGUGGUGGUGCUGGAGCGGCUGCCAGCGCCCGGCGACACCCCGAGCUACGUGCAGAUCCGCUCGCCCACCACCCGAGAGAAGAUCUGCCUGAAGGCGGUGGUGGAGCGCUGCAAGGCUUACCAGGCCUCCGAGGAGUACCGGCGCCGGUGCCCCGAGCCCCACGAGGGCUCCGAACCCCCCGAGCCCCCCCGGCACGGCCUGGUCAGGGACCUGCGGCAGAAAUUUCAGACCCUCGAUGCUGCCAGCUAGGUGUGGGGCUGGGGGGAGAGGAUGUGUCCCGUGGGCAUCCAGGAGAAGAGGCACCUCACGGCCCCCCAGUUUGCCCAGGAGAAGGGGCACCACGUGGACCUCCAGCUCAAGCAGGAGAAGCACCUCAUGCCCCCCCAGUUUGCCCAGGAGAAGGGGCACCACGUGGACCUUCAGCUCAAGCAGGAGAAGCACCUCAUGCCCCCCCAGUUUGCCCAGGAGAAGGGGCACCACGUGGACCUCCAGCUCAAGCAGAAGAAGCACCUCAUGCCCCCCCAGUUUGCCCAGGAGAAGGGGCACCACGUGGACCUUCAGCUCAAGCAGGAGAAGCACCUCAUGCCCCCCCAGUUUGCCCAGGAGAAGGGGCAGCACCACGUGAACCUCCAGCUCAACCACUAGAAGAGGCACAUCAUGGACUUCCAACUUGCCCAGGAGAAGGAGCACCCUGGAGAACCUCAACCUGCCCAGGAGAAGGGGCAACCCAUAGACCUUUAGGUCACUUGGGAGAAGUAGUACCCAGGGGACCUCCAACCUGCCCAGACCUCCCCAUAGACCACCCUCAGCCUACAGGAGAACGGACAUCUUGGAGACUUCCAAGUUGGCCAGGAAGAGGCCCACCCAUGGACCUCCACCCCACCCAGGAGGAGGACCAUGGAGAACCUCAACCUGCCCAGGAAGAGGCCCACCCACAGACCUCCAUCCCACCUAAGAGAAGGAGAACCUCAACCUGCCCAAGAGAAUGCCCACCCAUGAACUUCCACCCCACCCAGGAGCAAGAGCACCUUGAGGAUCUCCAACCUAUCUGAAAGAAGGGAGCACCUCAUGGACCUCACAAGCCUUCAACA